AUGCUUAUGAAACUAAAAUUUUUCAAUAAAACAAUCUUCAAUGAUCAAAAAUUGGUCAAUUUUCUGAAAUCUAGGUUUAUUAUUCCUGAACACCGUUGCGUCUCUCCAAAUCCUCUUGAUACACAUUCACGGGUAAAGUUAGGACACCUUUUUACAGUAACACCCAAACUCCUGAAUUUAAACUGGAGGGUCCGAUUUAGUACUCUUAACUCUACACAAUUUGUGCUAGAAUCCCCAAUUGUUAAAAGGGGGUUUGAAAAAAAAGUAGGAUGGUGGCUCAUGGGUUGUUCUGGCUUAACAGCCUUUAUCAUGGGAUUUGGCGCUUAUGUUAGGCUCAAUGAAAGUGGCCUUUCGAUGAUUGAUUGGAGGUUUUUUGGUCUUCCAUUACCACAAAACGACAAUGAAUGGGAUUUAGAGUUCCAAAAAUAUAAGAAAACACCUGAAUACAAAGGUGUACACCACGGGAUUAGCCUGGAAGAGUACAAGAAUAUAUAUUUGAAAGAGUGGCUCCAUAGGAUGGUAGGAAGAGCUUCAGGCGCUUUCUUUGCUCUCGGUUGUUUAUAUUUUUCAUUUAAACGUGGUUUAAAACCACGAGGUUAUUUACUCCUUACAGCAAUUGGAACAAUCGGUGUGUAUCAAGCAUUUGUGGGUAAAUGGAUGGUGGAAAGCGGGUUUUUUGAACCGAAAACCGAGAAUAAAACACCCAGGGUCUCUCCAUAUAGGCUCUGCUUUCACUUCUUUAACGCAAUGGCAAUUUAUUCCCUAUGUUUCUACAACUCAAUUAAUUUGUUGUGUGGAAAUCUCAAAUCAGUUACUGCCACAAAAGAUUUGUUUAAGAUGAAAUAUUUGGCAGGGACUACAGCGGUUUUGGCCUUGCUUACCAUGGCAUAUGGAACCUUUGUUGCAGGCAACGAUUCAGGCCUAUCCUACAACACUUGGCCUUUAAUGGACGGGAAAAUUGUACCAGAUCAAGUUUUGAACCUGAAAAGCCCUAGACAACUUUUCGAAAAUGACGCAGUUGUACAGUUUAAUCACAGAACUCUGGCAUACCUAACAGCACUGAGCUCUUUAGUUACGCUUGUAGUUUCAAAGAAGUUAAACGUACCCAGAUCAGUAAGCAAGAUGUCAAUGGGAGUUUUACACGCUUCACUCUUACAGGCCCUUAUUGGUAUCUUGACGGUAGUGAACCAAGUACCGUUACACGGAGCUUUAGUUCAUCAUUUUAAUGCAGUUGCACUUUGGUCAGUGAUCCUUGCUCUAUUAAGAGUUUUAAAGUAA